AUGGGUCUUCGGGCUCAUGCUGUAGCGUCAUCCGAUGGCUGGCUUCGGUCGCUAUUCUGGUUUCUGCUCAUCUGCUCCAACUUUGGCUAUACUGACCAAAUCCACAACUUCCUCGAUCUGCCCUUCGACGACCCGCUGAAUCUCUCGCCGGCCAUGCUGCGCAACCACCAUCGUAUUCGUCGUCAGGAGAAAGAUUGCUCACCGGGACGCCAGUUUAUCUGCUACGCCUACGAUGGAUUGGACGAACCGUAUCCGGAAUGGCUUCAAAAUACCGACGCCAAGUGCGAAAAAUGCAAGACCGAUAGCGUAUGCAAGGACACAGACAAGGUGGAGACUGCCACCGAUGACGUCAGACCUCAAGUCAAGAAAAGCUGUCGUCCCAACCUUUGCGUGAGCCGGCACUCGGACAAGUACAAGACGGAUGGAUUUGAAUUUACGACGAAAUAUCUUGUGCAAUGCGAUGCCGGCUUUGUGGUUCCAAGACUCGUCGCUGAUGCUGCUCGACAAGUGGAUCCAAACAAUCGUCCGGCAUUUACGUGCGUCCCAAGCCUCCAACAAGCCGCCGGUUUCUUGAAAGAGGACCGAUCGCUUCUAUACAACGACCCCUACGACGUGCCCGAUCUCAUGGACUUCACGUACUGUGGGAUGGGCGGCCGGCCCGAAAAUUCGUCGUGUGAACCGUUACCGCUGUGCGACCCUACAACAAAACAACCCCCGGAGUCCCCAUUCUCCGAAGACCUGGUGAAACGCGCGACGGAAUGUGACGUGCCGUGCGAGCAUCGGGGCGCCAACGGCUCAUACGACGAUUGUGUCUUCCUUGACAUCCUCGACCCAGACGCAAAGAUCUUGUACACGGCAAAGCGGGCCCACUCUGGCCCGUAUGCGCAGUUCAUGAGCGAGGAAGAGAAUCUGCGACUCGACGUGAUCAUCAACACCACCGUCGCCCCUGCGAAUCAGAGCGACCCCGCGGUGAAACCAGAAGCCAACUCCCUCCGAAUUCUGAACAAAUAUCAGUUCAACCACGCUCAGGCGCUCGACGACGAAGGAGGCCGACGGGUUCGACGCCAAUCCAUGACGGAACAAGUGAUUCGCUACCCGAAAUGCAUUGACAUCAACGGGCUGUCGACUUAUGAUCGCAAUCGGGUCGAAGCCGACCUGAUGCUCGACUGCCGGACCAACGUCUUCUUCAAGGCCUCCGGCGCUGGGGGGCUGAAAAUGACGCCACCUUCCUGCGACGGUGACGAUGAUGUUCGGAUUUGCAAAGGGAGAACGGAACCGACAACGAUUGCACCGAGCGCCAGCGGUCCGAAUGAGGACGAAUCCGAGCUUGGCCUAAGAUUGGCCGUGGCGGCCGCCGUCGUCGGCAUCUGCCUCUUGGCAGCCGUCGUCACCGUCGGUGUCUUGUAUAAGCAAAAGCGCAUCUUCUACCACCAACUGGCGGAACCGUUGCCGCAACAUCAUGUGGCCGCAAAUGUUGAACUGGCAUGGCAGCCCUAUGGCGGUAGCUGGGAGGCGCGCUUCUACCGAAAGGUCACUGGCCAGCCGCCAAAAGUGAAGCCCAGCUCACUUGGAUACUCGCUGAAAGGGCAUUUGGCCCUUGGCAUGAAGAGUGAGAAACUGAACCCCGGGGUGCCGUGGCCGCUGAACGGAAAGGGUUGCCCGAUCCCAUCGACUAACGAACCGAUCCGCGACCCGGUGGUAGUCGCCGAAACGCUGCUCAGUGCGCUCGCACAGGACAACUUGGUUACGGUGUACAAUUGUGGGCCGACCAAGCUCUUCGACAACAAUGACCUCAUCGCUCUAUUUAACCAUGCGAAGAGCAUGCAGGCACAAGUGAAGAGCGUCGUGCAUCUGACAGGGCCCACCUGGGUGGUUGGCGACAUUCAUGGUGAUUUUAACGUCCUCUGGCGCAUGUUCGAUGCGUACGGGCGGACGGCUCUUCCGGGCCAGAACAUCGUCUUCCUGGGCGACGUCGUCGACAGGGGCGCACGUCAAAUGAUGUGCCUCGUGCUCAUCGUAGCCUCGAUGGUCCUGCACCCGAAACAGGUGUUCUACGUUGCCGGCAACCACGAGACCCCGUACUGCUACAACCAAUAUGGAUUUUCCACGCAAAUCAAGGACGAGCAGAAAUACUCGGCAGAAACAUUUGCUGCAAUUGAGGGCUUUUUCAAAAGUCUACCGCGUGUCGGCACCAUCGACAAGCGCAUCCUCGUGGUGCACGGCGGUAUCCCCCCGCGCAUGACUACCGAGCAGCUGCGCAACGGCUUCGACCCCAACGACGAAUCGGCCGAAUUGACGCGUCUCCGCCUGUCGCUGCAAUGGAACGAUCCUUGUAACGUGGAGGCCGAUGGUGCCGAGUGGCCCUAUAACACGAGCCGCGGGUGCGCCCAAUACUUCAACAAGCAGAUGAUCGACGAUUUCCGAGCGAAGCACGGCAUCGACUUCAUCAUCCGUGCCCACCAGUCUGUUCCGACGGGCGUCAGCUUCUUCGGCAAUUGGCUCAUCUCGCUGUUCACCACGCCGCAUAAGGACAGCUUCGGAGCCAUUUUGCGCUACGACGGCAAUAAGUUCACCUUCUUGCACAUCAUCCCGCCCACCUUGGACGUUACAGACGUUGCGUCGCUAGACCACUGUUUUGCACAGGCCAUGGGAUUCAAGCCCUUCGAGCCGGAAUCACAGCAGCAGAAUCCUGCUGAAAAAGCCCCCGUAGCCCCUGAGGAGCAGCGUACUGAACGUAUCCAACUCGCCGCGCCGGCCGCGCCCGCCGCCACCAAA